GGAACUAAUGCGGAAGUGGAACAGCGCUGGUAGCCGGCAUGAGAGUUGUGAAGCUUUGCAUAUCCGUCAAUAUACAUACUAGUCCACUAGCAGGUACACUUUCCUGAUGAUGGAACCUACUUGCUGAGUGGGAGUUGAUGCUAUAAAACGUGUUUGUUUACUUUUCUUCUUUUAUAGUACUUUUUUUUAUCAUGAUUUUUGGAGUUUGGUAAUUAGCCAGCUUCUCUAAACAUGCCACUGUCUGACACGGUCAGUCUGCUUUUUUGUCUUAUUUUUGUUUUAUCCCUUGGCUAUGGCAACGCAAAGGAUUUGGGAGCUCUGUGUUCCACUUGUAAACAAAUAACUGAUAAUUUUAACAAGGGGUUUGAAAAAACUGCAAAGAAAAAUUUUGGUGGUGGAAACACAGCAUGGGAAGAAAGGAAACUGUCAAAGUAUGAGACCAGUGAGAUACGGCUGGUGGAGAUUCUGGAGGGCUUGUGUGAGAGCAGCAGUUUCGAGUGUAACCACAUGGUCGAAGAAUAUGAGGAGCACUUUGAGACUUGGUGGUUCAAGAGGAAAGCAAAUCACCCGGAUCUGCAUAAAUGGUUUUGUAUUGAAACAAUCAAAGUGUGCUGCCCUGAAGGAACAUUUGGACCAGACUGUAACUCCUGUGUUGGAGGAUCUGACAGACCUUGCCAUGGAAACGGUAAAUGUGACGGUGAUGGGUCGAGGGGAGGAACCGGCAAAUGCACUUGUGACCGUGGAUAUGAAGGGGAGUUUUGCCUGGACUGUGCUGAGAGAUAUUUCAGUGAGGAGAGAAAUGACACCUUCUCGUUGUGCAAAGAGUGUCACGCUUCUUGCACGACCUGCACUGGAGCCACUAAUAAGGACUGCAAGGACUGCAGAGAUGGCUGGGAAGAUGAUGAGGAAGAAGCAUGCAUUGACAUUGACGAGUGCUCCAAAGACCCACCUCCAUGCAAAGACAGGGAAUACUGCCUUAACACGGAUGGCUCGUAUUCCUGCAAUGUGUGUGACAGCAGAUGUUCAGGCUGUAAAGGGCCAGGACCUGGGAAUUGCCUGGCCUGUGCUGAAGGCUACAAGGACGAAGAGGGCAUCUGCACAGAUGUGGACGAGUGCGGGCUGCCUGACGCAGUGUGUACGGAGGAACACCAGGAGUGUGUCAACACAAACGGCAGCUAUAGGUGUCGGUGCGCAGGAGGCUUCCAGGAGCAAGAUGGAGUGUGUGUUCAGCAAGCACAACCAGAGAACAGUCAGGAAGUACCUGCUGAGGAUACUGAGGACUCCAACACAGAAAACAUUUUAACCGAGCACCAAGACCUGUGAACUCUUGCUGGAGUUCUCGAGUCAGCCGCCAGGUGUCAGUAAUAGCUCUGAACGUAUUUUGACCACCACAUGGUAUUUACUGUACAUACUUGAUAAACUGCACUUAUGUACCAGCAGGACAUGGACAACUCAUUAUUCUGGUGGAAAAUGGGACGAUGUCAAACCCAAGCACUGCUGCUCAAAUGAGUAAAGGCUGUUGUCUGUUUUUUUAAAAUAUUUUUUUCCCCUUCAUUUGUGAAGUAAAAUAAAGUCACACAU